AUGACUUUGAACAAUGAAGAUGUUGCAGAGUAUGUUGAGACCAUCAUGGGUUCUCAACGAGUAACCAGAGUUGAUAUUCCGACAAGUUCUGGGCGAAAACGUCAUCUAUCAGAACCUGACAUUUGUUCAACAGUAAAGAAGCAACCACGCACAGAAGGUAUCGAUAUGUGUUUCAAAAAAACUAAUACUGACAAAACAUUGAAUAUCGUGAUACGCGAUCUGCCGAAGUCUGAUAACGAGGAUGUCGAGUCUAGAGUAAACAAACUGUUAAAAGAUGGUUUACGUAUUCGUGAUGUGAAAUGUGAGAAGGCUGAAAGGAAAAGGUCUAGAAAUCCAAACAAACCUGGUAUAAUCAUAGCAACAAUGAAAUCACAUGAUAAGAAACGGAAAGUUAUGUUCGAGAAAAAGUCUUUGAAAUCUAACAAUCAAUAUUCAAAUGUAUUCAUCCAGCAUGAUCAGGCACCAGCAGACCGAGUGCUCGCGAGCAACUUCCGCAGUAUACUCAGUACUAUAAAGUCUCAUGGGCUUACGGUUCGUGGAUCCCGUGUGAUUCCGCGUAAAUCACAUGAAGACAGGAACCGGCCCAGGGACAAUAAUUCAAGUGAUAGCCGACGCAGUGAUGCUUCACCUGCACGUGAUCAGCAUGCGGAUAACAGGAACCAUUCUCGGGAUUCUAGUGAUUCUCGUGAUCGUAGAGAUCGCGGGGGUCACUCUAACUGGAGAGAUCACGGUUACGGGGACCAUGACGACGGCUACACUACAGUUCGCGAUAGACGUGAGCGUGGGGGACGUGGCCGUGGACGCGGUCGUGGACACAGCAGGAACCGUGUCCGAUGUUAG